AUGCACAAACAGGCGCGGUCACUUCCGAAGUCCUGGACGUCGACUCUAAAACUCCCCAAGUCGACGUUCCCCCCGCGAGUGUCGCCGGCCGACCAAAUAAAAUACCUCAAGCGAUCCACCGAUGAGCUCUACGCCUGGCAGCGCCGCGAACGACCGGCCAAUAAGCCCUUCGUCCUACACGAUGGCCCACCCUACGCGAACGGUGAAUUGCACAUCGGGCAUGCGCUCAACAAAAUCCUAAAGGAUAUCAUCAACCGGGUACAAUUGGGUCGGGGUAAACAAGUGCGGUAUGUGCCGGGGUGGGACUGUCAUGGCUUGCCAAUUGAGCUCAAGGCACUCCAGGGCCUACGCGACAUGGGAGUGAUGGACGGAUCGGUCAGUCCGGCAGUGAUUCGCAAGUCUGCGCGCCAGCUGGCCCGACAGACCGUCAAGGAGCAGAUGAAAGGGUUCCGCGGAUUUGGAGUCAUGGCCGAUUGGGAGAAUCACUGGAAGACGAUGGACAAGCAGUUCGAGAUGCGUCAGCUACGGAUCUUUCGAGAGAUGGUUGAUCACGGUCUCAUCUAUCGAAAGUUCAAGCCCGUCUACUGGUCGCCCUCGACCGGCACGGCACUGGCAGAGGCUGAACUGGAGUACAAGGAUGACCACGUUUCCACCGCGGCUCUGGUCAAAUUUCCCCUCGUGAACAUCCCACCACACCUAUCUGCGGACCCAUUGCUCAAGUCGGAUGGUGUGAGUGCGAUUAUUUGGACUACGACUCCCUGGACCCUGCCUGCCAAUGCCGCGAUUGCUGUCAACAACGAAUUGGAGUAUGUGAUUGUGCAGUCCGAGACCCAUGGCAACCUGCUUGUUGCCCAGUCUCGAUUCGAAUAUCUUGAGAGCAUCCUCAAAGAGGAGCUCUCUGUCAUUGUCCCUUCGAUUCUAGGCUCUGAACUAGCGGAAAAGACCACCUACCGGCCUAUCCUCAAGGGCGCCCAAGCCGAUCCUCAGCCAAUUAUCGCUGCAGACUUUGUUACUGCGGAUUCUGGCUCUGGACUGGUUCACUGCGCACCCGGUCACGGUAUGGACGACUACGAAGCUUGUCUCGCUCGCGGUAUCCCCGUCUUUGCGCCUGUCAACGACGAGGGCCGGUUCACAGAGAAGGCCAUGCCGCACGAUCCCUCUCGUCUAGCUGGGAAGCCAGUCUUGGGAGAGGGUAAUGACCUUGUGCUGGCUUACAUCAACUCCCACGGUUAUCUCCUUGCGCAGCACAAAUACGAGCACAAGUACCCUUACGACUGGCGGUCCAAGCAGCCGAUUAUCAUUCGUGCCACGGAGCAAUGGUUCGCAGAUGUGGCCGAUAUCCGUAGCAGCGCUCUCAAGGCCCUAGAGGAUGUUCGAUUUGUUCCGGAAGCUGGCAAGCAUCGCUUGAAUAACUUUGUCAAAAACCGUAGCGAAUGGUGUAUCUCACGCCAGCGCGCAUGGGGUGUGCCCAUUCCUGCUAUCUAUCAUCGGACCACCGGUGAGGCUGUCUUGAUCAAAGAAAGCGUGUCGCAUAUCAUGCAGACUAUUGAAGAGCGUGGUAUCGACGCCUGGUGGACUGACGAUGCUGAUGAUGCGGCCUGGGUGCUCCCCUCACUGCGGGAUGAUCCAGCCGGUUAUCGACGAGGUUCCGACACGAUGGACGUGUGGUUUGACAGCGGUACUAGCUGGGCAGAGAUUGACGUCCCUCUCGAGGGUCGCAGCCACCUUGCCGAUGUCUACCUGGAAGGAUCCGACCAACAUCGGGGUUGGUUCCAGUCUGGCCUCCUGACAUACAUCUCUCACCAGAUCGCCUCGGGACAGAAUGAUACCUCUCGUGCUCCCUUCCGCAACCUCAUUACCCAUGGAUUUACUCUUGAUGAGCACGGACGUAAAAUGAGCAAGUCCAUUGGUAAUACUAUUGCACCGCAGACCAUCAUGGAUGGAACAUUGCUGCCUCCUCUCAAGCCACGGAAGGGCAAGGGAAAAAAGCAACCGGAAAACCAAGGGCCAACGUAUGACGCAUUGGGCCCUGAUGCCCUUCGCCUAUGGGCUGCAAGUAGCGACUACACUCGCGACGUGGUUAUUGGAAAGCAGGUGCUUCAGACUGUUCACACCAGUCUGCACAAGUUCCGCGUUACCUUCAAGCUGCUGCUAGGAGCACUGGGUGACUUCCGUCCCGAAUGCAUCGUGACGUACGAGCAGCUGCAGCAGGUGGAUCGGAUCGCGCUGAAACACCUCUCCGACAUGGUCCUUUCCACGCGAAAAGCCUGUGACAAUUUUGAAUUCUACAAGGCUGUUGCUACGAUGAACCGCUGGGCUAACCUCGAGUUCUCGGCCUUCUAUAUGGAAGCAAUCAAGGACCGACUGUAUACUCUGGGCGAGAAUAGCACCAGUCGACGUGCCGCCCAAACCACCCUGUAUUACAUCUACCACCACCUCCAGGAAGUGCUGGGCCCUAUUACUCCACUCCUCGUGGAAGAGACCUGGGACCAUACCCCCGAAGCGAUCCGGUCGCAGAGCGAACACCCCUUGCGACGCAUCGCAGCCACCCCGGCAACUGAAUGGCAGGACCCUGCGCUCGAUACCAGCUACCACGAGGUUGUCGCCGUCCACUCGGUCAUCAAGAAUUUGCAGGAACAGGCCCGCGGGGAAAAAGCAACUCGGUUCCUCCCUGCAAUCAUUCGUGCACCUAGUUCUUCCUUCGACAAGCGUCACCAGCAGCACGGUCUUCCACCAGUACCUUUCCGAGCUCCCGGACCUAUUGCCCAAGCCGAAUGGCAAUAUGAGGAUGACUGUGAACUCCCUGAUGGACAGAAGGGGCGAGUAUACGUCUACGCGCCACAGGCCUCCAAGUGCGGCCGAUGCUGGCGGUAUGCCAUUCCGGAGCCAGUGGCGACCGAUGAGAUUUGCGAUCGAUGUGAUUCGGUGGUCAGCGAGCUGGAGGCUGCAGCUGCAUCUCCAGUUGUCUAG